AUGUCUCUCUCCAACAAGCUCGCUAUCACUGACGUCGACCUCAAGGACAAGCGUGUCUUGAUCCGCGUCGACUUCAACGUCCCCCUUGACGCCAGCAAGAACAUCACCAACAACCAGCGUAUCGUUGGUGCUCUCCCCACCAUCAAGUACGCCGUUGAGAAUGGCGCCAAGGCAGUCAUCCUCAUGUCCCACCUCGGCCGCCCCGACGGCAAGGUCAACCCCAAGUACAGCCUGAAGCCCGUCCAGGCCGAGCUCGAGAAGCUGCUGAGCAAGUCCGUCAUUUUCACCGAGGACUGCGUCGGCAAGGAGGUCGAGGAGACCGUCAACAAGGCCAGCGGCGGCCAGAUCAUUCUCCUGGAGAACCUGCGUUUCCACGCCGAGGAGGAGGGCAGCUCCAAGGACGCCGAGGGCAAGAAGGUCAAGGCCGAUAAGGAGGCGGUUGCUGAGUUCCGCAAGGGACUGACUGCCCUGGGUGACAUCUACAUCAACGACGCUUUCGGCACUGCUCACCGUGCUCACUCCUCCAUGGUCGGCGUCGACCUCCCCCAGAAGGCCUCGGGCUUUUUGGUGAAGAAGGAGCUGGACUACUUCGCCCAGGCUCUCGAGAGCCCCAAGCGGCCCUUCCUGGCCAUCCUGGGCGGGGCCAAGGUCUCCGACAAGAUCCAGCUGAUCGACAACCUGCUGCCCAAGGUCAACAGCCUGAUCAUCACGGGCGCGAUGGCGUUCACCUUCAAGAAGACGCUGGAGGGCGUGAAGAUCGGCAACAGCCUGUUCGACGAGGCCGGCAGCAAGAUCGUCGGCGAGGUCAUGGAGAAGGCCAAGAAGCACAACGUCAAGGUCGUCCUGCCAGUCGACUAUAUUACCGCCGACAAGUUCGCCGAGGACGCCCAGACCGGCAAGGCUACCGACGCCGAGGGCAUCCCCGACGGCUUCAUGGGCCUGGAUGUUGGUGAGAAGUCCGUCGCCCUGUACAAGGAGGUCAUCGCCGAGGCCAAGACCAUCCUCUGGAACGGGCCCUGCGGUGUCUUCGAGAUGAAGCCCUUCGCCAAGGGCACCGAGGAUACCCUCAACGCCGUCGUCGACGCCGCCCAGGCCGGCUCCAUCGUCAUCAUCGGCGGCGGUGACACCGCCACCGUCGCCGCCAAGUACGGCGUCGAGGACAAGCUCAGCCACGUCUCCACCGGCGGCGGUGCCUCCCUCGAGCUCCUCGAGGGCAAGGACCUCCCCGGCGUCUCUGCUCUGUCCAGUAAGUAAAACUUUUUACCGAUAUAUCUAAUGUCUCAUCGGAGGCGUAGGGCACGGACGUCCCGUGUAGGCGUGCGGCGUGGGGGG